AUGAAGUUUACCCUCUUCAUCCUCGCGACGCUCCUGAGCGUCACCUUCCUCGGGACGUCAGCCAAAUACGUCAAAUUCAUCAACCACUGCCCGUACAACGUCUACUUCUGGGCCGUCGGCCCCCCGGCCUCGCACAUCGAUGGCGGCGACUCCUUCCGCAGCAUGGUACCCGGCAACGGCGGCUCCGUCAUUCACCCCAUGGUCGACACGGAGAGAUUCGGCGGCGGUCUCUCGUUGAAGAUAAGGGAUCUGGAUUACUAUACCCCUGGGCCUGCAGGCAUCAUUCAGGUCGAGUAUAAUCUUGAGGAAUCCAAGGGGAAUAUGUGGUAUGACCUUAGUGCUGUGGAUUGUGAUUUGCACGCUGGGCCGGCAAACCCGAAGUAUUGUCCACUCAUCCGAGGUGGCGUGAAACUCUACAUCAACCCAGUACCGAACAAGAAAGACUGCCCAUAUGCGUACUGCAAUGAGGAGAAGUGUGUGAACACUUAUCUUAGCCCAGGCGGGUUCGCGAAUGAGCCAAGCCUCAUGUGCUGGGCUGGUGCUGAUAUCUUUGUCGAGACUUGUACCGACGGCCCAGGAGUCCAGACAUUCUUUGGCAAGGAACCAAAGGCUGCUGGUUCCGUCCACCAGGCCAUUCCUGCACCGGUUGUCCAGCCUCCUGUCGUCCAGCCUCCUGUCAUCGCUCCCAAUGGCAUGAUCGUCUCUCCAAAUGGUCAAUGUAUGUCUUUCACCCGCCUGCCUCGUCCUGAACACAUCACUAACCACAUUCUGACAGGCGGCGGCACAACUGGCUUCACCUGCAACGGCUCUCCGAAAGGCCCCUGCUGCAGUCCCUACGGCUACUGCGGCGACACAGCCGCUCACUGCAACCCCGGCUGCCUCCCUUCCUUCGGCUACUGCCAUGAUAUAUGGCAGAUUCCUCCGAUUGGCCGCCGUGCUGCGGCCCCUGAGCCUUUCACCUAUGGUCCGGCUCAUGAGGCGUCUGUCGUGACCUCCGAGCCUUUCACCGCCGCUCCCGAGCCUUCCAUUGUUACUAAGGUUGCAAACGUCUUCACUUCGACUACCACUGCGACCGAGACCAAAGUCGAUUGUGACACGGUCAAGCAUACCGUUACGAAGGUUGUGAAGGCCACGAGGAAGCCCGGUUCGCAGUUUACGCCUCCGCCGCUGAGGAGAAGGUUUGCGGUUAUGUAG